UAUAUAUUCAUUAAUAUGCCCGUGCAACUACCCCAGGCAUGCUUUGGGUGGCAACACUGUGUGGGUCUCAAAAAACUACUCCUAUUUGUCCACAUGAUUUGAUCUUGAAAUGAACAGCCAACUACAAUCUUGUAUCUUUCUAAAUGUUUCUCUCUAUUCAUAUCUAUCCCAGAUCCUUCCACCAGAACUUACAACUUGUUAACAGUUUUCUUAAACAGAUCCUCCUCCUGCUCUUUAGAAAUCCUAAGUUCUCCCUUUAGAGGCCCAACUCCAUUGCAAUCUAAGUCUACCUCUAUUUCCAUCUCCUAUAGCACCUGGAGAUCUAAGAUCAAAUCCUUGAAAGAGAUCAAAAUGAAGUUACUGGACUGGAUGCACCAUAAAUUUCGGAAUAGUAGCAUCGAGCCUAUCAAGGAUUUCAUAAUUGGAAACCCUUGCAUCUGCCUUUCAGCGCAGCCAUCACUUGAUGACCAAGAUACCCAUAUGAAGCCAAGCUUUGGCUCCACAUAUGGACCCAGAUCCUUCAACCAAGCCAAACAUGAAUGUGAGAAAUAUUUUUCUGAUACUGAAGCCAAAAGAGAGGAAGAUAAGGUACAAGAAGAAACAUCUGCUGUGAUCUGCGAGCUCUUCCAUGGCUUCCUCACGAUUGGAACUCUCAACCUGGAACCAAUUAUUAAUGAGCCUGCAACACCUACGUUUGCCAUGCCUCUGGAGAGCAUAACUGAGAGCAAAACAGAACUGACAGACAAUGACUUGAAGCUCAUCAACUAUGAGCUGGAGAAGUUCCUUGAGGCUGAAACUAAAGAAGAGUGUGGGGACGUCUCAUCUGGGAGGAACAGUCAUGCUAGCACUAUUACACUCAGUGGCAAGCUAAUGGACGAGGCUGAAACCGAAUGUUAUGAGAAGAUUUUGGUAUGUCCACUCCAAGGAUAUCUAUUUGGCUCGUCAAUUGAACUUCCAGAAACGAGAAAAGAAGUAAAGAAAGAGAAGACAUCACUUGAAGAGCUGCCAUGA